AUGGCACGUGGAGCUGGUGGUUUAUUAGAUGGUGGAUUUGUAUUUAAAUUAGGCAGAUUAUUUAAAACUCCAUAUGGUGGAGAAGGUGUUGAUUUUAUUGAUCAAUUAAAUUAUCAAUUUACUGGUGGACUAAUGGUUAUAUUUAUAGCAAUUAUCAGUUUUCGACAAUAUGUUGGUAAACCAAUUCAAUGUUGGGUACCACAAGAAUUUACUAAAUCAUGGGAAGAAUAUGCUGAAAAUUUAUGUUGGGUAUCAAACACAUAUUUUUUAUUACCUAAUGAAGAAAUACCAACAGAUCAAGUAGAUUAUGAAAAAGUUAAAUUUAUUGGUUAUUAUCAAUGGGUUGCAAUAGUUUUAGCUGGUCAAGCUAUGAUGUCAUGGGUUCCACAUUUAUUAUGGCGUGUUGGUUCAAGACGUUUACCAUUAUUAUUAAAAUCAGCAAGAGAAGCCGCUAUACCAGAUCGUGAAUUACGUUUAAAAGCGGUAUCAUGUUUAGUAGCUACAUUAGAAGAACAAGCUGAAUCUCAAUCAAGAUUUCGACGAAUUAAAUCAAUAUUAACUCGUUGUUUAUGUGGUGUUACACCAAAUGCACGUUUAACUAUGUUAUUUUUAUUUGUAAGAGCAUUAUUUGUAGCUAAUUCAGUUGGACAAAUUUAUUUAAUGAAACGUUUUACCGGUUUUAAUAGUACCGUAUUUGGAUUAAGAUUAUUACAAGAUUUAUCAGCUGGUGUUGAAUGGGAACGAACUGGACAUUUUCCCCGUGUUACAUAUUGUACUAUAAAAGUUCGUAAAAUGGGUCAAACUAAACCAGCAAGCUAUACCCUACAAUGUGUUUUGCCAAUUAAUAAUUUCACAGAGAAAAUCUACGUAUUUCUAUGGUUUUGGUUUGCAAUACUUGGUUUAUUAACUACAUUGAAUACAUUACAAUGGGCAUUAAAUACAAUAUUACCAUCACGUCGUGUACGAUAUAUUAAACAAUAUUUAAAAGCAUUAAGACUUAUAUCUAGUACAGAAGAACGUGAUUGUGCACGUUUUGUAAAUAAUAAUUUAGGCGCUGAUGGUGUAUUUAUACUUCAUGUUGUUUCAAAAAUAGCUAGUGAUCUUAUUGCAUUAGAUGUAACAGCAACAUUAUGGAAAAAUUAUCGACAAGCUAAAAUUACAGGAACAGAAGAAGAUGUUAAUCGAUUACUUGAAACAGUGAAUCGUGGUUCUUCUGUUGUCUGA